UCGCUCGGUUAGCUGGGGAUUGGUGUGUGACCGACCAACCAAAUGACUAAAACCAUUAUAAACGGGAGUUGUGGGGAUUGUGUGUGUCAAAGUCCACGGUGUGGACGGCGUGCACUGUAAUGUGUUUAAUUAUGUAUUUACAACAGAAAACAAUCUCGUUUAAUGAUUCAUUUUCUUUGUUUUCAUGUUUAGCAGAGCCGGCGUCUCGUUUAGGCCCAGUUUAGCAGUUUAGCGCCGCGCUUUGUUAUGUCAGUUUAUUUACGUAAACAGAUCGUCGAUUUCUUUAGGUUUCAAAUAGGCUUGAAAAAAUGUUAUCGCUUUGAAUUUCGUUUUAAACACCAUUUUGUGACAAAUACAUGUUUGUGCUCGAGAAAGGUAGAUAUAGGUGCUACAGGGCCAACAUUGUUGGACAAAGAGAAAGCAAAGCAUUAACAUCAUCUGUACAAUAUAAUGUAUCGCAAGACUUAAAACACGCUCAUAAUCAAGAUUUGAGGUUAAUUUGUGUGAAAGAAAAGUUAAUAAAUCAUAAUGAAUGCGACGCGUGGAAGAGAAACAAAAGCCGAUACAAUGUAACGAUACAAAGAUACUUAACUGUUAUUUUUUUCCUUUUUAAUACCGGAUGACAAAUCUUAAUAUCGGUCCUUUGACGUAACGUUACUCGUGUGUUUUAUGGCAUAAGUCGUUUCCUAUGUUUUAUAUUUGCAUGUCGUCAACAUUACAGCACUACCAACCUUUCUCUCAUGUUUGUAUCAGUUUUUUGUAUAAGCCAUGAUUUUGCUAUAGUAUGUUAAUUCAUGGCACUAUUGUAUAACAUGGAUGCACGAAUGGAUAUCAGUGUCCCCAAAAACAUAAAUUGUGAAGGAGGUAUCUUACAUAUUACAAUAAUGGUAUUGCCAUUGUAAUAUUCACAUACUCCGUAUCACUUAUGUCACAUACAGAAAAAGGUAAGGGAUGCUGCAUAAGGUCCAUAAACCAUGCUAGUGCCAAAUUUGGGCAAAUCUUUGCAUUCCGCUGCUAUGGACUAAACUGAACUAAAUACUUUCAUACAGACAGUUGUUAACUCUUUUGCCCAAGAUUCAGUUUUAAAGCGAGAGUUCUUCCAAAAAUAAAAAUGAUGUCAUUACUCACUCCCUAGUUGUUCCAAACUUUUUUGAAUUUUGAGAAUUCUUGUAACCAAACCGUUCUCGGACCACAUUGACUACCAUAGCAGGGAAAAUGACAAUGCUAGUCAAAGUUCAACAAAACAAAGACAUUCAUACAGAUUUGGAACAACUCAAAGACUCGUGCCGUGUGCUGAUCUCAUAACUCGAACCGCAGCGGUCAGACAGAAAACAUGGAGUACACUACCGCCACUACAUCCAGCGGAGAGCAGAUAGUGGUGCAGACCAGCAAUGGACAGAUCCAACAACAGGGCACAGUGACUGAGGUGCAGUUGCAGACUGAGCCUCAGGUAGGCCAGACUGCAGCCCAACAGGUUCUUCAGGUAGUUCAAGGCCAGCCUCUUAUGGUACAAGUCAGUGGGGGUCAGCUCAUCACCUCCUCUGGACAGCCUAUAAUGGUACAGGCGAUGGGAGGGCAGGGUCAAACCAUCAUGCAGCUACCUGUAUCUGGUACUCAGGGGCUACAGCAGAUUCAGUUGGUACAGCCGGGGCAGAUUCAGCUCUCGGGUGGACAAACUCUGCAGUUACAGGGUCAGCAAGGACAGACCCAACAGAUCAUAAUUCAACAGCCACAGACCGCCGUCACCGCCGGACAAAACCAGGGUCAACAGCAGAUAACUGUACAAGGGCAGCAGGUGGCACAAACCGCAGAGGGACAGACCAUUGUUUACCAGCCUGUGAAUGCUGACGGCACCAUCUUACAGCAAGGAAUGUUCACCAUUCCAACUGCAUCUUUAGCCGGAGCUCAGUUAGUCUCGACUGGAUCGGGUACAAAUGGCUCCAACAAUGGUCAGGGAACAGUGACGGUCACUCUGCCCAUGGCAGGAAACAUGGUCAACACUGGAGGAAUGGUCAUGAUGGUCCCUGGAGGUUGCGGGACGGUCCCUAACAUGCAGCGUAUUCCACUUCCUGGUGCAGAGAUGAUGGAGGAGGAGCCUCUUUAUGUCAACGCUAAACAAUAUCACCGGAUACUCAAGAGGAGACAAGCACGGGCCAAACUAGAGGCCGAGGGCAAGAUACCCAAAGAGAGAAGAAAAUACUUACAUGAGUCCCGUCAUCGUCACGCCAUGGCCAGGAAGCGCGGGGACGGUGGCCGCUUCUUCUCUCCUAAGGAAAAGGAGGAGAUGGCCCUGCAGGCCAUGAAGGUGAGCGAGGGGCUUGAGCUGAGCUCUCACUGGCAAGCCACCUCUGCCCCGCCCCUGGGGUAACCUAGCGACAGGUUUUCCAUCCAAUCCCAGCCCGUAUCUCAGCAGAGAGACUGAAAUGGUCACGUACACCUAAUUUAAUUUAGACCAUCCAUACACUGCGUGCCCAAGCUCUACCUCAUGUGUCUUUACUUCCGUCUGUCUGCCAAUUUGAGGUCUCCGACAAAGUCGAAUAAACUUAUAUACUGAGAUUUAAGUUUGUAUGUUCUAGUGUGUCGAAUGAGCAUUGUCAAGAUUAAUCCCCAUGUUUGCUAUGCUGUCAAGCUUCUUUCAUUAUUUAAAGUUACAGUUUGACAUUUCAGUCUCGUUGAUGCUUGCAGAGAGCUCAUGGUUACCUUUGUGAGCAGCUGACCGCUUUUUCUUUCGAAAUAAAACAGUGCCAGCUAUAAACACGGGUGAUUUACGCAUUUGACUCUGAAUGAUAAGGGGGUCAUUUCUAAAAUAUGGCUUUGGCUUCUUGCAUUUCUGCUGUCUGUCUAAACAAACUUUGAACUUCUAGUCAGACUGCUGUUGUCACUGAGAUGUAUAAAGCUCUGUUCAUUGUCCUUUUUGGUCUUAAUGUAUACAUUUGUUUAUUUCAUUUGUUAUGUAUGGCUUGGCUUUCACCCCUGGAUGCUCUUCUGUCUUUGCCCAGAGCUGUUGCUUUGUUAUGACUUUGCCAUCUUGUGUUUCAUUCACAGUGGGCCAUUGUUUCACUUUGCAUUGCAUUUGUGUUUGUUACUAAAUGAUUAAAUUCCCUUUUUAUGCAAAUAAACCUUUGUUUUUGAUUUUUA